GCCGUCGUUCAUCACCAGUUGCAAACAUGGCGUCCUCCACAAGGACCGCAGCACACGAUAUAGCAACUCGAAACAGGACUGACGAUGUCGUUUUAUCGGAGGGAGUAGAUUUCAGCUCCUUGUUGUUAUCUCGGGUGGUUUUGGAUGGAUUGUUAGCUUCCGGAUUCCAAAAACCUUCACCUAUCCAGCUGAAGGCGAUCCCGCUUGGCCGGUGUGGACUCGAUUUGAUUGUCCAGGCCAAGUCUGGCACAGGAAAAACAUGCGUCUUCUGCACAAUCGCGUUGGACUCUCUGAUUCUGGAAAAUUCUGCCACCCAAGUUCUCGUGCUGGCGCCCACUCGAGAGAUAGCGGUGCAGAUCCACUCGGUAGUGAUGGCGAUAGGCUGUGCCAUGGAGGGUCUGCAAUGUCAUGUGUUUAUCGGGGGCAGACCUGUCAGCCAUGACAAACUCCACCUGAAGAAAUGCCACAUAGCUGUGGGCACACCCGGUCGUAUCAAGCAGCUGAUCGAGCAAGGCAUGCUGUCCACUGCCAGUAUUCGACUUUUUGUCCUGGAUGAGGCUGACAAGCUCCUGGAGGAGGGCAGCUUUCAGGAACAGAUAAACUGGAUCUUCUCGUCGCUUCCUGUGAAUAAACAGAUGCUUGCGCUCUCUGCCACCUACCCAGAAUCCCUUGCUCAGCACCUUACCCAUUAUAUGAGAGAGCCUACUUUUGUCAGACUAAACCCCAGGGAAAUGGGACUCAAAGGCCUGAGGCAGUAUUACAAGUUGGUACCAUCUCAUCCGUUACCUCACAAGAUCUUCGAGGAGAAAGUGAAGCUCUUGCUGGACCUGUUUGGUCAAAUCCCCUUCAAUCAGGCCCUUGUCUUCUCCAAUCUGCACACAAGGGCUCAGAACCUGGCUGACAUCUUGUCCUCUGCAGGCCUACCUGCUGUUUGUAUCUCAGGUGGUCUCAGCCAGGAGCAGAGACUAGAGGCCAUAUCCAAACUUAAGCAGUAUCAGUGCAGAGUACUCAUUUCCACCGACCUGACUUCCAGGGGCAUAGACGCAGAGAAGGUGAACUUUGUGAUAAACCUGGACGUUCCACAGGACUGGGAAACCUACAUGCACCGCAUCGGACGAGCUGGACGUUUUGGCACUCAAGGUCUGGCGGUGACGUACUGUUGCCAUGGUGAAGAGGAGAACAAGAUGAUGGCCAUUGCUCAAAAGUGUGGCUUGUGUUUGUCAGCAUUGCCUGCCACCAUUGAUUCUGGCCUCAUGACUGAGCAAUGCGACUGGGACGUCUGCGCCGAGGCUUCCACUCCAGACAUUCAAGCCCAGCUCUUCUCCAAAAUUGAGAAAAAGAAGGGACGCCCCAAAGCAUCCUCUCUUGUUGAUCGCUCCCCGGCUCCAUGUCCUAUCAUGGAGGACGCUCAGGAUACCAGGAGGCCAAAGAUCCCCAACACACCAGCCAAGCAUGGAGUAGAAGCGCACUCAGGAAAUGCGUUCCCAAAGACUACGAGGUCUUCCAAAGAGUUUCAGGACACAUUGCCGAAGAUCCCUCCGCUCUCCUCGUUUAAAAGCAGCAGGUCUCGGUUUGUCACCUUUGAGGAGGCGCAGCGGGAUUUCCAUGAAUUCAUUACAACGGGACUGGGAAGAUCAGUGGAGGUCAUUCGGGAAUUCACAGGCCAGGAAGAUGGCAGCACUCAUAACGGGCAAAGACACACCAUCACACUUGAUGAUGAUGAUGAUGAUGGAAGUCAAAAGUGUUUAUCUGCAAAGUGUAGCUCUGACGUUCAAAUGGAGAGCACAGGAGGCCAUUUUGAAAAGUCUCCAGGAAAUGAAAACAACAGAAAUCCGACAGAAAUAAGUCAUGGAUGCGCUUCAGGAGAACCAACGGUUGAACCAAUUCCAAGUGAAGAUUCCAUAACAUUCCCAACAACACACAAAACAACAUCCCCCCAGUUGGAGAACUUUGAAUCGACUAUUAAAGCUGAUUCACACGCCAACAACAAACCCGCACAAACAAAGAAACACAGAAAGGUCAAAGUGGAAAAACGCAGCAGAAGAAAACAAGAAAACAUAAACGAAUAUUAUAAAUCGCAAACUGAUGAAGAAGAGUACGAUGAAGAAGGCGACGACAGUGCCGACACUUACUGGAGAGCCUGGUACUCAGCAUGGAACGAUUACUAUUCGUCCUUGUCUCCUUUUCAAGGACAAGGUUACCAACAUUACUACAGUGCAGCUCACAACUGGAUGGCAGCCUAUCGUAUGAAUACUGUUUACAUGGAGGAACUGUUAAAAUAUUGAUGGAAUACACAACACACAUUUACACUUGGUGUACUUUGUACAAAAUAUCUACUACUGCCCCCCCCCUUUCUUUAAUAAAUGCCAUUU